AUGUCUUACCGACCCGUUUAUGGCGGUCUCCGUAGUGCACGGUGGCUGCGGACGUUUCAGUACGGUCCCUUGGUUACGGCAUUCCGCAAUCUCGAGAGCGGGCAGGUGAUGUUUACGCAAACACUGCACCCCCAGCAGUUCUAUAUCGAUCAGCUGUUUAAAUGGCCCAACUGGCAGAACAAAAAGCCUGUCGUUCGUAAGGAUAUUUGGCGCCCUUUGGCCGUUGCAGAGCUCCCCACUCACGAGGAAGCUGUUCAGCUUUAUCGCAGUUUGGUCGAGCUGCGCAAAAUGCGUGAUAUGACACAGCGGGACCAGGCCCGCGCCUGGCGUAAGAAGUCUCCGGAGGGAAACGUCUGGUUCUGGAACCAGUACCGCCCUACUUAUACUCACGAAGCUGUUUCUGACUUGGUCAGCGCCAUGAGUGCUAUGGGCCUCGAUAAGGCUACCAUUCACUGGGAGCAUGCCUAUCGCCGGGGAGACGACAAACACUGGGAAGGCUUGGAUGUUUCCCACAACGAGCUUCCCCGCCAUAACCCUCGUGAGCAGCACGUUGUUUUGAACAGGCUGCGUAUCGACUCACUCGAGCGUGCAAAGGAGAUCCAGGCUGAGGCUACAAAGGCUGCUCAGGCCGCAGCACGAGCUGCCCAAGAGGCCGGCCAGCCCACACCUCGUGGACAACGACUCGAAGAGGCCCGUAAAGUUUACGAACGCAAGCAACGUAUUCUUGCCAACACCAAGGCGCAGCGCGAAGCCCUGCUGGCUGCACGUCCCGAGCUUGCUGAUCUCGAGGUUAAAAAGCAGGCUAUUGCCAAGGCGGAAGCUGCCCUUGCCGAAGCCAAAGCCAGCUACGACCAUUUCUUACCUCAUGGCCAACGUGGUGCUGCCAAGGCUCCGAUCAAGUUGCGCGAUCGUGCUCUGAGACAGGCGAAGCGCGUUUACAGACAGGCCAAGAAGCGGGUUGCUGCCCAGUCCAACAAGCGUCGUGUGCCCCAGCCCAAGUCUCGUAUGCUUCGCAAAUAA